AUGAUCCGCGAAGUGUGGCGCAUUGAAUUGGGCGUAGGUAUAGGACCCUUCCGUCUUGGUGCUAGCAUUGCCGAAGCAUUACAUGCACUGAAGAGUCGAUUACCCGUUCAUCCCUUUGAGAUCUCGUACAAUGCUGUUGAUCCUUACAAACACGACGUGAUCGUGACUUCUGCCGAGGAUGGAUUUCGUCUACACUUUGAUUCGAUCCAACAAACACUUCAAUCCAUUGAAUUUUACGAUGUUAAUCACGUUGCACUAAAAUUUGGCCGUGUUGAGAUAUUUGGCGGAGACAUUGCUGCUACUUUCAUGUCUGUUUAUAAUUUAUUCGGACCAACGUUUCCAGGCCAUUACGAUAGUGCUGAACAGAGCUACGUAUUGGGUUACAAAGGUGGUUAUUUCAAGUUUCCAAUUCCAGCCGAGUAUCGUCAUUUGUACGAAAACGGCACGGACUUGCCGAUGGAAUUUCCAAACGGUGCUACUCCAGCAGCAACAGGUAUCACAGUCUUUAUGGGUGGAGAUUAUCGGUCUCCUGAACUUGCAGCUCCAACGAAGAGACACUACUUUGAAGAAGUUGACGUUGACAUUGGCAAAGAGCGCACGUCGUUCGUUUUUACUGGCCGAAAGCAGCGCAUUCAGCUUGGGUGGUCGCCUCAGGAGGUAAUAAGCGAGCUAGGUGCUCCGGUCUCUGUUUUUCGACGAGCGGAAGAUCCCAACGAUGGGGCUACUGUUGCUGGAGGCCUCGUCAGUGACUAUUUUCACAACUACCCUCACUUGGGACUCGACAUUUUGUACGAUACGAUGCAUCGUGCCUCAAAGGUGAUUCUGAAGACCAACGCGCUGGGACACCCCGAUUUCGGCACCUACAACAAGUGCAACUUCCGUCUGCGAUUUCAGACCGGAAUGCCAACGACAGCCAGCUCAGAAAUCACGUCUCAGACACCGUGGCAGGAUAUCCGCUCAGUAUUUGGAGGAGCGUCGGACUUGCGACCCAUCGUCCAUGAUAACGGCUUGGGCCUUCACCCGUUCGGCUCAACCUUGUGUUACUCGCCAACACCAGGGUGCAUCUUUGAAGUGAUGAAGAAUGGUUUCAUUGCCAGCGUCACGCUCACAUUCUCGUGCUAA